AUGGCUGAAGUCCCAGAAGAUUAUGAUUCUGGCCCCGGUGAAAAUGAAGACCUGGAGUCUGAGAGACCAGAAAAACCUAGGCCUCUUAAAAUAGAUGAAGAUGCCGAACCAGACAUCCCGGCAGAGACACACCCAAAGCUACUUGGAGAGAUUCACCAAGAGCCACAGCCAGAGACGGAGGAAGAGAAUUUGAAAGACCAGAUGCCAGAAAGUGCUGAGAAUAUACACCCACAACUAAAACCAACCAGGAUAUCAGAGGAAGAGAUUCUCAAGGAGUCAAAGAUAGACCUUUCAAAGGAGACUGAGAUAGGGAUUUCCCAAGAGGUAAUGUUGGAGACAUCCAGAGAGAUGAGAAGAGAGCUUUCUAAGGAUUUGGAGAUCCCUAUGGAUGAAAAACAGGAGGAGCCAGACCUAAAGCCACCAGAGGAGACCAAACCAGAUGUUACAGAAGGUGUAUUCAUAGAGUCAGCUCAAGAAACAAAUCUAGAGCUCCCAAAGGAAACUGAGUCUGAGGUUCCAAGAGCCACAAUCAAUGAGACAAGAUUAGACUUACUAGAGGAGACCAAACUAGGGGUUCCAGAGGAAUUGCUUAGAGAGCAAAAUGAAGAACCUUCAGAACAGAUCAAACCUGAAUUUCCAAGUGAGAAACCAAGAAAAGUAAUUGAAGAUAGAGAUCUACAGUCACCAGAGAUGACCACUCCAGAAUUUCCAGAAGAGACACAAAGAAAGUCAUCUGAGGAGAAAAGCAAAGAGCCAUCUGAGCUGACCAAACUGGAGUUUACAGAAGAGAAACCAAUAAAGUCUACUGAGGAGACAGGUCUAGAGCCUCCAGAAGAGGCCAAACCAGAAGUUCCAGAGGAGAUACGAAGAAAAUCAACAGAGGAGAAAGAGGUAGAGCCAUCUGAGCCAACUACACUAGAGUUUCCAAAGAAGGAACCAAGAAAGUCUGGUGAGGGGGCAGAUCUAGAGCCUCUAGAAGAGGCCAAACCAGAAGUUCCAGAGGAGAUACGAAGAAAGUCAACAGAAGAGAAAGAGACAGGGCUUUCUGAGCCAACUACACUAGAGUUUCCAAAGGAGAAACCAAGAAAGUCUGGUGAGGAUGCAGAUCUAGAGCCUCUAGAAGAGGCCAAACCAGACAUUUUAGAGGAGAUACAAAGAAAAUCAACAGAAGAGAAAGAGACAGAGCUAUCUGAGCCAACUACACUAGAGUUUCCAAAGGAGAAACCAAGAAAGUCUGGUGAGGAGGCAGAUCUAGAGCUUCCAGAAGAGGCCAAACCAGAAGUUCCAGAGGAGAUACAAAGAAUAUCAACAGAAGAGAAAGAGAUAGAGCUAUCUGAGCCAACUAAACUAGAGUUUCCAAAGGAGAAACCAAGAAAGUCUGGUGAGGAGGCAGAUCUAAAGCUUCCAGAAGAGGUCAAACCAGAUGUUCCAGAGGAGAUACGAAGAAUAUCAACAGAAGAGAAAGAGACAGAGCUAUCUGAGCCAACUAAACUAGAGUUUCCAAAGGAGAAACCAAGAAAGUCUGGUGAGGAGGCAGAUCUAGAACCUCUAGAAGAGGCCAAACCAGAAGUUCCAGAGGAGAUACGAAGAAAAUCAACAGAAGAGAAAGAGACAGAGCCAUCUGAGCUAACUACACUAGAGUUUCCAAAGGAGAAACCAAGAAAGUCUGGUGAGGAGGCAGGUCUAGAACUUCCAGAAGAGACUAAGACAGAGGUUGCAGAGGAUAUAGGAAGAAAACCACCUGAGGAAAAAGGGACUGAGCAGACUAAACCAGAGUUUCCAGACCAGAAACCAAUUGAGUCACAAAGAAAGUUAACUGAGGGGAAGGUUCCAGAGCCACUAGAAGAGAUAAAAUCAGAGUUUCCUGAGGAAAAAUCAAGAACACUGAUUGAGAAAACAGGUCUAGAGUCAACAGAAAAGACCAAACCAGAAAUUCAAGAGGAGACACAAAGGAAGUCAACUGUGGAGAAAGUUCUAGAACCACCAGAAGCUACUGAACCAACAGUUAUAAAAAAUAAGCAAAGAAAAUCAAUUGAGACAGGACAAGCACCACCACAGAAGUCCAAAUCAGAUGAUAUGCUGAGAGAGUCAACUGAAAAGAAAGGUCUAGAGCCUCCAGAACAGACUUCACCAUGGUUUCUAAAGAAAGAACCAGAGACCCAAAGUAAAUCAAGUCCUCAGUUGACACUACAAAAGACCAAAUCAGAGGUUCAAAAGAAGACACAAAAAGAGCCAACUAAGGAUAAAGAUGUAGAGUUACCAGAUAAAGCCAAACCACUAUUUGGACGAGAGACACAUGAAAAAUUAAACAAGGAAGAUAGGCCAGAACCAAUCAAAGUUAAGCAUUUUGCAGAUGAAGACAAGCUGGAGGAUCCUAACUAUAAAAUAAAGUCAUUAGUAAAAGGAACUAAAAGGAUUAUUAAAGAGAUAGGCUCUUUCACAGUAAGAGAAGUAAAGUCAGUAAAUAUAGAUGAUGAUUUUUCAAAAGAACACCCAAUACAGUAUGAGCUUACUGAUACCAGUAAGGACUUAUAUCCCUCCGAGUCUCUGAGGGAUUUAAGAGAGUCAUGGAGUGAAAAACCUGUAGAUUUGUCCCUACAGUUGAAGGAUGAUAAAGAAGCCCAGCAAAACGAAAGUCCUGAGCUACAAUUUGAGUAUCUUAACUGGAGCCCAGAAAAAGUUGCAGAGUGGAUUAGCGAGUUAGGCUUCCCUCAAUACAAGGAGUGUUUUAUCACAAACUUCAUCAGUGGCCGAAAACUCAUCCAUGUAAACUGCUCAAACCUCCCUCAGAUAGGGAUAACAGAUUUUGAAGACAUGAAGGUAAUUUCUCGGCACACGCGGGAGCUACUGGGAAUUGAAGAACCAUUAUUUAAACGCUCCAUCCGUUUUCCCUAUAGGGACAAUAUUGGCUUAUUUUUAGAACAAAAAGGUCAUACUGGGGAAAAAUCUGAUUCCUUGACUUAUUCUGAAUUUGUGCAAACAGCAGGAUUACAAGAUUAUGAGCCACAAAUAACUUCCCCUGACGAGAAUUAGGCAUUCUAUUACACUGAGCCACAGAGAAAAGCCAUUGCACUUAGCUUGAAAGAUCAAACUAAAUUACUUGGUGGAAGAAGUUUGGUCUUUUUGGGUUUUCUUUUUCUCCUCCUCAUUAAGGAUCAGAGUAGAACUCCUGGCACUACUCCUAGUUCUGUCACCAACUCGCAGCACAUUCCUGUAUUUCUGUUUCAAUUUAGCAUGCCAUUAAAACAAAGAUAGUGCCCUGGCCGGGUAGGUCAGUUGGUUAAACUCAAGCAUAGCCCCAAUACACCAGGGUUAUCGGUUUGUUUCCCAGUCGGGGUUCAUAUAAGAAUCAACCAAUGAAUGCCUAAACAAAUUGAUGUCCCUCUGCACCUCCCCCACCCCCUUCCUCUCUCUAAAAAAUAAAAAAUAAACAAUUAAAAAGAAAAGAAAGAAUUUUGCCCCAGCUAGCAUGGCUCCCUGGUUGAACAUGGACCCAUGAAUCAAGAGGUCAUGGUUCAAUUCCCGGUCAGGACACAUGCCCAGGUUACGGGCUCAACCCCCAGUAGGGGGAAUGCAGGAGGCAGCUGAUCAGUGAUUCUCUCUUAUCAUUGAUGUUUCUCUCCCUCUCUCCCU